UCUCCGCGGUUUCUCCGGUUAUCGAAUCUGUCUGAAUCCGCCCCGGAACUUGUUAUGAACUCAAGUUCAUCAAAUCAUCAAAUGAUUUAGCAAGAAAAAUGUCAAUUAAUCUGGCAAAAAACAAAGAUGCCUUGGUGGCUGCUUGGCACAGCGUGGUCGACGAUAAAUUAACUACUAACUGGGCUGUAUUUGGCUAUGAAGGACAGACUAAUAAUUUAAAAGUAGUUGGAACGGGAAAUGGCGGGUUGGAAGAAAUGAUUGAUCGAUUAAGCAGUAGUCACAUCAUGUAUGCAUUUUGCAAAGUUACUGAUACUAAAACAAGUCUACCAAAGUGUUUGCUUAUUAAUUGGCAAGGAGAAGGUGCUCCAAUUGUUAGAAAGGGAACAUGUGCUAAUCAUAUUAGAGAUAUAGAAAAAUUAUUAAAAGGAGCACAUAUAACAAUUACUGCGCGUUCUGAAGACGAUGUAGAAGUAGACGUGAUUAUGGAAAAGCUUGCGAGAGCAACAGCUUCCGCGUAUAAGUUUAAUGAACCUCGCAGUGAGAAUGACGGUCACGCAGGUCCUGUUGGAACAACGUAUCGCAGAGUAAUACCUGCGCAAGAGAUAAAUGCAACUGAAAGAGAUCAGUUUUGGGAAAAGGAAGAAAUGGAGGAGAAAAAAAGAUUGGAGCAAGAGCGGAUGCGUUGUGAACAAGAGCGGCAGAAGUUAGAACGAGAAAUGAGAGCUCGGGAAGAAAAGGAAACGCAACUGAGAGAACAACAAGUAACUGCCAAGGAAAAUUCAAUCGCUCGUCAAAAACUAGCCGAGCAGCGUGCUGAGGAGGCAAACAACUUACGUAAUCAAGUAGCUGCUAAAAAUUAUGGUAAUGAUACUGAAGAUGAUCAUAAAUCGCGAAGCGAUGAGUUACGGAGACAGAGGAGCAAAGAAACACAGCAAUUGAUUGCUCAAAGAACAAUAAACGCUCGAGCGAUAUUCGAACAAAAUUCAGCGGCCGGUCAAAUGAAAACGAGUUCGGCUCAACAAUUUUUAUCUAAGAAUAAUCAUGUAGAGUCAAUGAAAAAAGCGUUGGAGGAAGUUCAAAUAAAAGAUCAGCCCGAUGUGAAAUCCCGUGAGGAAAUACCAGCUGAAGCGAAAAAAUCUACAAGCGCGGAAACUACAGUGACAGUUUCUUCAUCCGCUAUGCCUCAAUCUCAAAAUACCAAUCAAGAAUUGAAAACUACCGCCACUCCGCAAUCCGAACAAACGACAGAGACUAAGGAGCAAGUUACCGAAAAUGAAUUAUACAAUCAAUUAGAUGGCCCGUACUUAUAUUUUGAUCCAAAUAAUGAGGGGAUGAAGGCUAGAGCUUUAUAUGACUAUCAAGCAGCUGAUGAUACAGAAAUCACAUUUGAUCCUGGAGAUAUAAUCACGCAUAUAGAUGCAAUUGAUGAAGGCUGGUGGCAAGGACUUGGACCUGACGGUACAUAUGGACUUUUCCCUGCUAAUUACGUUGAAGUUAUUGAGUACAAUACAUGAUAAGAUAUGUUUCCAGAGAAAUUUAUCAAAAUCAUUUUUCAUUUUCUUCAUAAUUAUCUACAUAAAAUUACUUGCAUGUAAAACAUCAAUAUCAACGUAACCUUAUCGUUAAUAAAUGCUAUUACGUUUCUAGGUAUAAGUAAAGUUAAACCACGUGAUAAAAUAAUUCUGAAUUUAAAAAAGUUUUAUAAUGGAAACAUGUUUAGCAUGUAACAACCACAGACAUAAUAAGUAGGACCCAAAAGUUCGUGCGAGAUUCCAUAUCGCGCGCUGGGCAUCAGUGCAUGCGAAUUGCGUGUUUAUGUUUAGCAGCCGAUCGUUUACAGCUUCAUGUUCACGAUGUUAGAGAUAGGUCCGAAAUCUCGGGCAGAAAGAAUUCAUCAAUCGCAUUAGAACAAUUUAAUCAAUUGAUUAAUGGAUACACAACUCGCGUGCAGGAUAAUAUGCGAUUUUGCACGAAUUUCUGGGCCCUAUUAAUACGUAUCCAUAAGUACCGACUACGUUCAUAGACAACUGAAUACAUGUCUUCGUAACAUUUUGCACCUUCCACGCCAUUGUUUAAUUUUCAAGCAUUUACACAAAAAAUGAGUUAAUAUAACAAUUCAAUUAGUAAACUCUCAGAAAGAGAUGAAAUGCUUAACCGGUAAAGUGUAUGUCUUCCCAGCAGGUUUUAUCUAAUCCAAAUUAAUUAAUCAAUUAAUUAUAUAAAUAUAUAUCUUUUUAUAACUCUGUAUCAGAUAUAACAAUAACUAAAAUGCAUCUCAAUAUGUAUAAACGAAAUUGCAUUACUGCAUAUCUGUAACAGUUACUUAUUUAAACAUAUAUAUCAUUUUUAGAAUAAAUACUUUGUUAUAGUUUAAUAACAAAAAAUUUAAUAUUGAAUAAUCCGCUUAAAUGCAAGUUAUUUUUUCAUUUUUAAUAUUACUUUUUAAAUGUUAAUGUUAUAUAUAUAUGUUAUCCAAAAGCAUGGAAAUGCUUUUAGUUAUCGUUGAGACAUUAUAAGAGCGGCAGUUGACACGUAUAUUAGGUAUGAUAAAUUAUUUUAUUGUAUGAUAGGAAUUUUUAUAGAUAAUAAUGAGAUAAAGUAGCAUCACAAUAUUCAUGUUACAAAAAUAAAACAAAGAAAAUCA